AUGUGCAAUCCUGCCGCUGCCCCGCCCAGGCUCAGCGCAUCCCAGAACUCACGGUGGCACGUGCUGGGAGACGACGCUCACGAACGCCUGAUCUGCAGGUCACCACUCACAGGCCUGUGCCCUCUGGGGCCCUCGGAGCUGCUCCCAGAGAGGCAGGGGUGCAGGCAGGGCAGGGGAGCAGGGGGCCUGGCCGGCUGGCACAGGCAGUGGCAUUUAAAGCUCCGGGACCAGUUCCUGGAAUCCCGGGAGGGUGGACGGGAGGGGAGAAAAGACGUCCAUCUUCCAAGCUGA